AUGUGUAUUGAAAUGUGGCAGAGAGAUAAACGCGAACGGGAAGAGGAAAAACAGAGAGAAAAACGCGAACGUGAUGAGAAGAAAAGACAACCCGAAGAGGAGUGGGACGAGAAACAAGCCUUGUUAUUCUCCAAUUUAAAAUCGGACAUGGAAAAUAAAUUUGAUUCUAUGGCAAGUAAAUUGAAGACAGAUUUAAGAACUGACUUGAAGGCAGACUUCAAAGCAGAAGUAAGUUCGGUAAAGGCAGAUGUACAAACUAAACUUGACUCAAUGAAUAAUAAUUUGAAGGCCGAAUUAAAAGCGGAUAUUGGUAAACUCGUAUCACAAGUGGUUACAGUAACGGCAGAAAUCGACUCGGUAAAGAGAAAUAUGAAAACUAAAUUUGGUACAGUGGAAAGCAAGAUAGAUUCGGUAAAGGACGAAUUAAAAGAAGGUCUCAAACAUGAAGUAGACGCGGUUGAAACCGACUUACGUGGGCAAAUAGAUAGUAAAAUUUCAACGGUAGUAGAUCAAAUUGUGAAGUUGGAAGAUGGCAUGAAAUCAAUGGCCGACCAACUUCAGCUUCAAGUAACCGCUUGCCAGUAUGAGGUGGCGAAGACGCUGAAAAAGUACCAAGUGUCUGGAAACGUCAACAAACUUGACAAUAUCAAGAAAAUAUGCGAUAAAAUGACAGAAUUGUUAGAUGACAUGUCUAAGUUGAAUAUUGAAAGUAAAAUAAAGCAUGGCUUAGACACAUACUCCACAGAACUGAAUAAGAGCUACGAAGAUUGGGUGGAGACCAAAGACAGUGAAAUUUCCGACAUGGUAACGAACGAGCUCAAAGACGCCGUAAAAUCAGCCACAGGAACUUCAGGAGACACAGUUUGCAGCGAGUUAGGGCAGAUUCGACGUGUCUUCAUGGGAGAUUUACCAGAGUGGAAACGCAAACUUGACGGUCAAAUUGAGACAAUGAACACCGCUUAG